AUGCAGACCACACAUACUUGUUGCUCUCCCGCCACCCCAGCCAUCACCCUCCCCAAACCCACAGCGGAAUCCACAAUCGAAUCAAAAUCCACCACUGCCUCUCUGCACCAUUCAGGUCCGCCAAGAAAUCCUAAUGAUUUUAUUCCGUUGAAAGAGCAGCACCUUCGUCAUGAGCUGAAGCUGUUCAAAGGGGCCAUUCGCGCCAUCAAGACAGACACGUGGCAAUCUUGGAUUCAAUGCAAGAACCGACAUGAUCUAGGGCACUUGGCGUACGAGUCGAAAGAGCGGCCUGCAGAAGCAUUGGUUCGCCUGAAACGAUCGAGACGUAGGCUGGCCAAAGAAAUGAAGUGUGCCAAGAAUCAGAGGUUGACGAAGGAGACUUGCAUUGCUGUUCAUAAUUCUGAAAGCAUCACUUCGGCUCUCCUCGAAGAUUCAACAGCGAAAAGUGCUUCUGGCAUACUCACUACAACUAGCGAUUUUGCCAUCGCUUUCUCCCCUGAUGCUGGCGCCACCACAACUCCCAUCACCACUUCAGCUUCCACCACCACCCUUCAACCGGAAAGUGCCACAGACACCAUCGAUUAUCUUGCCUGCUCUUACUCCGCUCUUGUGUCUCCACAAAAGCACCUCAAAUGGUUUUUCGAUGGUACAUGCUCGUGGGACGAGGACAAAGCCACCAUCAUGUCCUUCGAGUUGAGUCCAGUGAAUGAAUCCGUUCAUCUCUUCACUGAAUCCGAGCUCAACAAAGUACUGGAAACUUGGUUCUCUGCCAACAAUCAUACCUGGUAUAAAGCUUGGGGCCUUAAGCUUGACAGAAUGAAUCGAGUAGUAACUGGUCGUACUGCUGUACAUGACCCGUGGGCGGUCAAAAAUUCUCCCUAUGUACUCUCGGUCAAUCUUCAAGAGGAUAUACCUUCAGCUCGAUACCAGCUGACCCUAAGGAAAGUCCCGAAGUACCUUCCCUUUACGAACAUGGACACCAUUGCUCUCUUCAUCGGCAAAACAAGGUACUCGAUCAACGACCUGGAAAAACUUGUCUAUAACAUGGUAAAUGAAUUUAGGAAGAGGGAACCGGCAAUUGGAGGUUGUGUGGACAAUUUUCAGCUGGUAAGAAGUGGUGAAUGGUUGCUAUGCGAUCCAACGAAUCCUAUUCUGGCAAGUUACCUUAUCACGGUUCCUAUACUCAAAGGCCAUUUUUUCGACUUUGCCUAUGUGCUCAGCUCAUCCCAUCAAACCCGCCAGCCCAACGCUCCUAACACUGGAACCAAUGGAAAAUGGAUGGACAAUUAUCCAGAAUCGGAGAAGGAAAGGGGUAAAUCCGAGGAGAAGGUAGAAGGUGGUUCGAGUAACCAGUUCGCCCAUACCCAGGUAGGUUGGAUUGAGUCGUUCGAAGAAUGGGUGGCCACUUGUAUCCAUGGGGUCAUCAUGGCCCUUGAGCUCCGACGAUACGACAAAAUGUUCUCGUUCCCCGAACCACUCAUGGACAACGCUUGGGUUUCGGCUCAAGUAAUCACCAUUUGA